GACCUGACAAGCAAAAGGCAGCUGUCAGUGAGCGAGCGGUCGAGCGCGGAGAGCAACGGGCACAGUAACCUCUCUCCGGGCUAGCACAGCAUGGUACACCGGCCCAGGGGGCACAGCCCGCGGAGCUAGGGGAUAUAUACAGCGCUGCAAGUACUGCUGGGUAAGGCGCAGCCCUUUGUAUGCCAAGGCAGAACCCAAAUGAUGCCUGAAGACAGUUCCCCAAGCCUGAGUCCACAAGGCACCUCAUAUAAGGACCUACCGCACUACAUAAACGAGGAUGGACAGCACCUGUACUGCAAAUACUGGAAACCGUCAGGUGUGCCAAGGGCUCUUGUGUUCAUAGUCCAUGGCGCGGGAGAGCAUUGUUGCCGCUACGAUGAUGUGGCAGAUUUUCUGACCAAUCUGAAUUUCCUCGUAUUUUCCCAUGACCACGUUGGCCAUGGGCAGAGCGAGGGGGAGAGGAUGACUGUGUCCGAUUUCCAGGUUUUUGUACGUGACGGUUUGCAGCAUGUUGACCUCAUGAAGAAGGAGCACCCUGACCUGCCCAUGUUCAUCUGUGGGCACUCAAUGGGAGGGGCCAUAUCUAUCCUCAUGGUCAAGGAACGUCCUACUGACUUCUCUGGAGUGAUCCUGAUAUCACCGCUGGUUUUACCAAACCCAGAAUCUGCAUCUUCAUUCAAGGUUUUUGUAGCUAAAAUUUUGAACCACGUUUUACCGAACUUCUCAUUGGGCUGCAUUGAUCCAAACUGUGUGACACGGAACAAAAAAGAGGUUGAGUCGUACGCCUCAGACUCGCUUGUUUACCACGGAGGUCUGAAGGUUUCCUUUGGAGUCCAGUUACUUAAUGCAACAUCAAGGGUGGAGAAAGCCCUCCCAGAAUUCAGUGUACCAUUACUGCUAUUCCAUGGCACAGCAGACAAGCUCUGUGACAUCAAAGGCUCCCACCUGAUGAUGGAUAAAAUACCAAGCGAGGACAAGACUAUGAAGGUUUAUGAAAACAGCUUUCACGCUUUACACAAGGAGCUGCCGGAGGUCAGCACUUCUGUGUUCGAAGAGAUAGAAUCAUGGCUAUUACAGAGGAUAGAAAAUUCAGGGGCAUCUUCCAAAAUCACCGAAGAGGAAGCAAAGGACACUUAAGAGAUGUACCCAUCCUGCCCUGUGCCCCAAGUUAUUUGCUUCACUUCACCAUAGGACCUACAGAGGCUCUGCCCAGUGUAGUGCAAAUGGCUUAUUCACCAAGCGCAGCCUGCGGUAACAGAACAUCCACCCUACAGUACCUGCACUCACCUGAGGCUUUACUUAGCUCAGCACCCGGCAGUCUGCUCCUGACCAUCCACUAACCUAAGGUUACACUGUGUGCAGUCUGCACCCAGCAGAGCUUGCAGCUGACAUAACCUGCUCUAUAAAAUCCUCACCAGACAAGUGAAUCUGUACCCAGCAGAGCUUGCAGUUGACAUAACCUGCUCUAUAAAAUCCUCACCAGACAAGUGAAUCUGUACCCAGCAGAGCUUGCAGUUGACAUAACCUGCUCUAUAAAAUCCUCACCAGACAAGUGAAUCUGUACCCAGCAGAGCUUGCAGUUGACAUAACCUGCUCUAUAAAAUCCUCACCAGACAAGUGAAUCUGUACCCAGCAGAGCUUGCAGUUGACAUAACCUGCUCUAUAAAAUCCUCACCAGACAAGUGAAUCUGUACCCAGCAGAGCUUGCAGUUGACAUAACCUGCUCUAUAAAAUCCUCACCAGACAAGUGAAUCUGUACCCAGUCUGCUCCUAUUUCCAUCUCAUGGCAAAUUUCCCCUUUUUCUGAAUUUUGAGAAAGCACAAAUAAAUAAGCAACACAAUGCAGCAAAAGGAAGGUAGGAGGGGAUCGGGUUAAUGCAAAAGCAUCUGUUUAACCAUUGGAUUUGGGCAUUACAGUUCUCAGCAAUAAUACACAUUGCGCCAUCGCUGAAUGCAGAGGGAUUUUGUGCACAACCUGAGCUUACAAGGAAGAAGCAUCUGUAAACGCCACUUUGCGUCUCCCUCUGGUGCCAUAGAGCCUCAGACAUUAAUACUAAGCAAUAUCUUCUAUUGUUAUUAACAGAAGGAAGAAAUUCCCGGGAGGCCCACAACUAAAAUGUCUGUUUAAUGUUCACAAACUAACAAGAAAAUUAGUGGGAAAAAGGGUGAUUUAAAAAAAAAAAAUGAAGUCAGAAGAUAUCGACUGUUGUAACCUGUGUAAAUAUUCUCUAUUUUACUGCUUUAAUAGAUUUUAUUACGUAAUAUAUAAAUAAUUGUAUUUAAUAUAUAAAAAAUAAUGUCUGCUUGACAAUAUUCAGGCAAAGGAGGGGUGGGGAUCUUUUUUAGCAUUUUUCUUACUUCUACAAACUUUUUAUUCUGAGGCCUUUUGCUUGGUAUAUGAUUGGAUUGUUACUUCAUGGGUCUGUGUAAUAUAUAAUAUGGCGGUAAGUUGUGUGCGCUCAGUGUCCUAAAGGGACAGUAUGUGCAGGGGGUGUCAUGUAAAAUAUUCAUACAAUAAUCUCAGUCAUUAUAUAAACAUAUUAUAUCGCUGAUAAAACUGCCCCAUCACACAGUGCACAAAGAUUUAGUCCCAUUCGUUACAGCUACCAGUUGCAAGAUCAGCUCUCUCACAUGGCACUUAGUAUUUCACCGUCAAGGAUACCGGCACCACAAAAUGUGCUCAAAACAUUACAGAACAAAUGAAUCAAAAUGAGAAAAAAACUCCCAGUCUAACAAAAAUAUCAAAGUAGUUAAAGAGACAGUCUACACUAAAAUUGUUAUUGUUUAACAAGUUAGCUAACGCCUUUACUAGCCAUUCCCCAGCUUUGCACAACCAACAUUGUUAUAUUAAUAAACUUUAUAAUAUUGAAACCUCUAACUUUCUGCCUAUUUCUAAGCCACUACAGACAGCUUCUUAUCACAUGCUUUUUUAUUUGCUUUUCACACCAAGUGACUGCUAGUUCAUGUGAGCCAUAUAGAUAACAAUGUCCUGACGUCCGGGGAGUUAUUUAAGAGUUAGCACAACACAGUACUAAAUGCAAGUCAAGAGAUAAUAAAUAAAAAGUCAUGUGAUCAGGGGGCUGUCAGAAGAUGCUUAGGGGCCAAAUUAUCAUUGUGCGAGCAGACAUGAUCCGAUAUAGCGGAUCAUGUCCGCUGCACAUCGAUAAAUGCCGACAGUAUACGCUCUCUUUGAACUGUUGGUGCAAUGCCGCCCCCUGCAGAUUCGCGGCCAAUCGGCCACUAGCAGGGAGUGUCAAUCAACCCGAUCGUAUACGAUCGGGUUGAUUUCUGGUAAUGUCUGUCCGCCGCCUCAGAGCAGGCGGACAGGUUAUGGAGCAGCGGUCUUUAGCCUGAAGGCGCGCCAGAAACACGGGGCAUCAAGCUCCAUACGGAGCUUGAUAAAUAUGCCCCUUAGAUACAAGGUAAUCACAGAGGUAAAUCAUGUAUUAAUAUAACUGUGAUGGUUAUGCAAAACUGGGGAAUGGGUAAUAAAGGGAUUAUCUAUCUUUAAAAACAAUAACAAUUAUAUUGUAGACUGUCCCUUUAAAAAAAAAAGAAAAAAAAUGUGUCAACCUUUAAAUAGCGCAGCACAAUCACAAGAUGAACUAAUUCAUAGGGACAAUAGACACUCUAUGAGUUUCACAUGUUUGAGGUGAAAAACCCUAAAUUCGCCUCUGGAAUGCCCAGAACGCCCUCGGCCAGCUCUUUGUUCAGUUCAGUAAUGUUUCUGAGAGGGAUCGUAUUUUUUCCAAUGUGACUUUUUUACACUUGUAUUGUUCAAUUAGAUUUAUAGCACUCAUUUUACAAGCCUGGUUGCUAAGUGUUGCAGUUGCACUGAUUGCUUUUCCAUAUUGCUAGCGGUUCUCCUUUGCUGUGUGAUAUAUCGUGUUUUGGGUACAACUAUAGUAACAUCCGCUAACGAUACCUAGAAAGCACAGGUGAAGUAUCUAGCCUGUUGUGUCAUUACCUUGGCUCCCCAUUUAUCACUAAAACAUUUAUUUGUCUGACAUGAAAGCACUCGGCACUGUGCCACUUUUGCUUUCUGCAUGUUCCACUCACACCCUGUGCUAUAACAUUAGUUACUCUGGCGCAUGUACCAUUCACACCCUGUGCUAUAACCUCAGUUAUUCUGGCGCACGUACCACUCGCACCCUGUGCUAUAACUUCAGUUAGUCUGGCGCAUGUACCAUUCACACCCUGUGCUAUAACUUCAGUUAGUCUGGCGCAUGUACCAUUCACACCCUGUGCUAUAACAUUAGUUACUCUGGCGCAUGUACCAUUCACACCCUGUGCUAUAACUUCAGUUAGUCUGGCACAUGUACCAUUCACACCCUGUGCUAUAACAUUAGUUACACUGGCGCACAUACCACUCACACCCUGUGCUAUAACUUCAGUUAGUCUGGCGCAUGUACCAUUCACACCCUGUGCUAUAACUUCAGUUAGUCUGGCGCAUGUACCAUUCACACCCUGUGCUAUAACAUUAGUUACUCUGGCGCACAUACCACUCACACCCUGUGCUAUAACUUCAGUUAGUCUGGCGCAUGUACCAUUCACACCCUGUGCUAUAACUUCAGUUAGUCUGGCGCAUGUACCAUUCACACCCUGUGCUAUAACAUUAGUUACUCUGGCGCAUGUACCAUUCACACCCUGUGCUAUAACCUCAGUUAUUCUGGCGCACAUACCACUCACACCCUGUGAUAUAACUUCAGUUAGUCUGGCGCAUGUACCAUUCACAUCCUGUGCUAUAACUUCAGUUAGUCUGGCGCAUGUACCACUCACACCCUGUGCUAUAACCUCAGUUACUCUAGCGCAUGUACCACUCACACUGUGUGCUAUAACUUCAGUCUGGCGCAUGUGCCACUCACACCCUGUGCUAAAACCUCAACUACUCUGGCGCAUAACCUCAGUUACUCUAGCGCAUGUACCACUCACACUGUGUGCUAUAACCUCAGUUAGUCUGGCGCAUGUACCAUUCACAUUCUGUGCUAUAACGUCAGUUAUUCUGGCGCAUGUGCCACUUGCACUCUUUGCUAUAACCUCAGUUAUUCUGGUGCAUGUACCACUCACACUCUGUGCUAAAAUCUCAGCUACUCUGGCGCAUGUGCCACUCACACCCUGUACUAUAACCUCAGUUACUCUAGCGCAUGUACCACUCACACUGUGUGCUAUAACCUCAGUUAGUCUGGCGCAUGUACCAUUCACACCCUGUGCUAUAACCUCAGUUACUCUGGCGCAUGUACCAUUCACACCGUGUGCUAUAACCACAGUUAGUCUGGCGCAUGUACCACUCACACCGUGUGCUAUAACCUCAGUUAUUCUGGCACAUGUUCCACUCACACCCUGUGCUAUAACCUCAGUUACUCUAGCGCAUGUACCACUCACACCCUGUGCUAUAACCUCAGUUACUCUAGCGCAUGUACCACUCACACUGUGCUAUAACCUCAGUUAUUCUGGCACAUGUUCCACUCACACCCUGUACUAUAACCUCAGCUACUCUGGCGCAUGUACCAUUCACACUGUGUGCUAUAACCUCAGUUAUUCGGUCGCAUGUUCCACUCACACCCUGUACUAUAACCUCAGUCAUUCGGGCGCAUGUUCCACUCACAACCUGUGCUAUAACCUCAGUUAUUCUGGCGCAUGUUCCACUCAUAUAGAUCUAUAGCUAUAUAUUUUAAAUAUAUAUACCCAUAAAUAUAUUGAUGUAUAUAUUUAAAAAUAAAAAGAACAAUUUGUUCUAAGUGAAGAAUAUAGGUCAAGUAUAUCUUAACACCCCUUUGGCUUUAGCACAGCUGGCCUAGCACACCAUUGGGUUAACGUGCAAGCUAAAGCUAGAAAUCUAUGGGGAAAGGGCUAGCGCGGCUGCACUGUCUGACCUCCAGAUGUUAGUGCGCGAGGAAAAGACUCAGGCGCAGUAACAUUUUACUUUCAACUUGUAAUACAAGCACAAUAGGAACGCUAUUGAUUUGACUUGAGCAGAGUUAGCGCUCAAUAACACUGAUAUUGUUUAGCUCCACUUGUAAUCUAGCCCUUUAUGCUUAGUUUUUGUUAUUUUUAUGGCUCUGCUCUGGUCAAUAGCAAGGAAUGUCAAGGAAAUGUCUUAAGCUUUUUAUACCUUGUAUAAAAACAUAAUAGUGUGAAUUAUUUCUCUUUAUUUGCAGUAGGGAGAAAGGCAGAUAGCAGGAACCGUGGGGUUAGGUUAGUAUUUAUACAUUAGCUGAGAGACUCCCACUACGGUACUUACAGAGGGGCCGGUAUCACAAUGGGUAAAGGGUCUAUAAAUAUAGGUCAUAGUAAACCAGCAGAUGACAGAUUAUCAGUGCAUAGACCAGAGCUUGCGAGGUUAAAUGCCCUUACCAUGUCUUAAAAGUUAACAGCAUUGAUAAGGUGCUGGCUUAAGAUAACUACCUGACAGAUUUUCUACUUUUUUGUAUUUAUUGUACUAUUAAAAGUAUAUUAAGUUUUGUAUUAAAUAAUCCAUAUAGUAAAUGUAUCUGCAAACGAGAUUGACUUUUAGAGCAUUAAAAUGUAGCAAAAUACAUUGUGUGCCACAUGUCAGUGGUUCUCUAAAGCUUUGUUUAUCAAUUAUAACAAACCCCCACCCUAUGAGCUGGCAUCUGAGAGGCUCCCCAUGUCCCUAUGCUCUCUUCAAUAACUCCUGUGUCUCUUUUGCUUUCCCUAAGGUUCUCUCCUCUACUCCAUGAUUUGUAGUACCUUUCCUUAAGGUUCCUUGUGCCCUCCUCCAAGGUUCUGUGUCCUGUGCUCUACACUCUGAGGUUCUUACUCUCCCUCAGAGACUUAAAGUGAAGGUCAAUUUUGAUGAAUUAGUGCCCGGUUUUUAAUAAUCCUAUUAAAAACAAGGGCACUUUAAUUCAUCAAAAUUGACAUUUCACUGUUUUCUUCAAAAACUUACCUUUUAAUCCUGGCAGCUGCUCCAGCACUUCCUCCGCCCGUCGUAAGCCGCCUUCGCAGGUCCAAAAUGACGAAUCCGGCUUCCUCCAAUCACGGCGUUGCAUCAGGCCAAGAUUCCCCCAGGGGGGAAGCCGUGAUUGGAGGAAGCCUGAUUUGUCAUUUCUGACGUCUGCAGAGGCUUCCGACGGCCGGGGGAAUCGCUGGAGCUGCUGCAAGGAUUAAAAGGUAAGUUUUUGAAGAAAACAGUGAAAUAUCAAUUUUGAUGAAUUAAAGUGCCCUUGUUUUUAAUAGGAUUAUUAAAAAACAGGCACUAAUUCAUCAAAAUGGACCUUGCUGCUCCUAUGCCCUCCUUCCUACGAGUUUUUUUUUAAUAUUUCUUUGCCCUCAAGCCCUCUGCUUUUUUAUGCCCCCCCUUUCUGCUUCUCUUGUGUCCACUAUUUUAAAAAAAAAAAAUCUCUUUCUACUAUGCCUUGCCCCUAGGGUUCUGCUUUUCCUGGUUCCUCCCCUGAGGUUUGUGUUGCACACUGUAUUUCUGUUCCCAUAGUCUCUCUUCCCCUGCAGUUACUGUACACAGUUUUGCACAUAAUGAAACAAAUAUAUAUAGUUUGUAUACAUGCAGCAUUAAUGCACUGAGGGCCAGCUGUAUAGUUAUUUAUGAUUUCUGAUUUCCAUUCCAUUUCUAAGCGCACAGCAUGUGACGCAUUCUCUCUGGAUCUCUCCUGCUGAGAGAUGUUGUACUCCCGCUGGGAUAUUUUUUUCUUUGUAUUACUAAACAUUCCAGUUCCAUUCAAUUAUUCUCAUAGCGUUAUUUCCUCUUCUGGCACAAAGGCUUCAGCCACAGAUCAUCUACAGCCGCAGGGCAGCAACAUUAUACAAUUAACUCAUUUGUUACCAACAAGGCCUAUAACAUUUUGAAUAUGGCAUAAACCACAAUUACCUAGAAUACAAUAUAUCAGUCUUGCAAUACGUUUGUGUCCUGCCAAAUGUACAAUAUUAUUGUACAGAGAAGCCUGGUAAUUGUAACAGCUUGUCUGCCAGAGAUGUUUUACACUGUAUAAACUAUAGGAUACGUGUAUGUAUGUAUAUAUAUAUAUAUAGAUAUAUAUAUACAUAUACAGUAUAUAUAUCUGUGUGUGUAUCUGAAUUUUAGGUAUUAUUUGAAAAGACACAGUGAUAUUAGACCACCAAUUCCUGUUAGUGUCAGUUUUAAAAAUUAAAUUAUACAACGAUCACAGAUAGUAUGGUGCACCUUAUAUACGUGAUCAGAGUAUACAAUGCACCUUCUUAUGUUGCUGGAAGUACUCCCAGUUCCACCAGGUGUCUGAAGCUGAGAACCCUCUAAGCAGCAGGCUCUGCCAGAUGUCAAUCUGCCGACAAGCAAUAUAAACAGAGGGCAAAUUCUCUGCACCAAUUUAUGCCAUCAUACAUAUUACAGCAGGCUUAUCAGCGGUGGUUCUAGCAGGUGCUAGGGGGCGCUAUGCACACCAAUUCAUUACUUUAUCACUCCAAACCUGACAGGUACUAAAUGCACUGCAAGCUAGUGCCCAUUUAGGUGCCCAGUGCUGUACAUAAAUAAUAAUAAAGGCAGCACCCCAUGUGUAUCCUGUGCAUAGUGAUGUUUAGCUUUGUGGUCAGAUUUUAUGGUUUAGACCCGCCCCUGCAGUUCAUAACAACAGCUCAAACAAAUGGAUAAGUGAGUCUCCUAGUUUUGUGUCUCUGUGUGUAUAUAUAUAUAUAUAUAUAUAUAUAUAUAUAUAUAUAAUUUUUAUUUUUUACAAACCUGAUCUGGACCAAUAGGAAACUUCCAGCUGCAUGAAAAGGUCAUGCAAAGUCUGACUUGAACACAAGUGUUCCAUCAUUUUUGCUUAUAUUUGUGUAUCUUCUAUUAGGAAUUGCAUUUUAGAAAUUUAUUUUGGAUGAAGAAUUUGUGACCUGAAGCUAUAAAAACGUAGUUUUACUUUAACAAGUAGAAGUUCUCCCACUAAUAACUUCAUAAGAUAUGAACAUAAGGGUGUGUUGGGGCAGCCAAUCACAGACAAAAUGUUCCUUAGCAACAUAAUUAACAUCAGCGUACCCUCUAGGGCGGGGCACCUGCUCCUCGGGGAACCUGAAGUUUAUGUUUAAUCACCAUUGGGCUACUCAGGUUGAGUAUUAAAGGGACACCAUGCUGUAAGUUUGUCCCCCUGAAUGUGUUCCCAAUGCCUUGGUAUAUCAGCUGGAGAGUAUUGCAAAUUGAUACUUUGGGUUUAUUCUUACAAUUAAAAUAGCUGUUUUCUUCCUUAAAGCAGGGAGAGUCCACAACUUCAUUCCUUACUGUUGGGAAAUACAACACCUGGUUACCAGGAGGAGGCAAAGACACCCCAUCCAAAUGCUUAAAUGGACAGUCUAGGCCAAAAUAAACUUUCAUGAUUCAGAUAGAGCAUGUAAUUUUAAACAUUUUUCCAAUUUACUUUUAUCACCAAUUUUGCUUUGUUCUUUUGGUAUUCUUAGUUGAAAGCUUAACCUAGGAGGUUCAUAUGCUAAUUUCUUAGACCUUGAAGCCCACCUCUUUCAGAUUGCAUUUUAACAGUUUUUCACCACUAGAGGGUGUUAGUUCACGUAUUUCAUAUAGAUAACACUGUGCUCGUGCACGAGAAGUUAUCUGGAAGCAGGCACUGAUUGGCUAGACUGCAAGUCUGUCAAAAGAACUGAAAAAGGGGGCAGUUUGCAGAGGCUUAUAUACAAGAUAAUCACAGAGGUUAAAAGUAUAUUAUUAUAACUGUGUUGGUUAUGCAAAACUGGGAAAUGGGUAAUAAAGGGAUUAUCUAUCUUUUAAAACAAUAAAAAUUCUGGUGUAGACUGUCCCUUUAAAUAUCCCUCCCGCUUCCCCUAUCCCCCAGUCAUUCUUUGCCUUUCAUCACUAUAGGAGGUGGCAGAAGAUUUGGAUAGUCCUGUAAUGGGUAAGUUCCCUUUCAAGAAAGGACUGGAGAUUUAAGUAAUCAUGUCAACCUCUCAGUGAGAGUAUUGAUGAAAGUUAGAGUCUGUGAACCCAUCCAGAAUGUCGCUAACAACUCCUGAGCAAUCAGUGUUGACGAGUUUCACUGCUUGCUGUUACACACUCAAGUCCAUGUCAGAAGCGCUGCUAAAUGAUUGUCACACUUGAGAGGCUGUGCCUGUUCCACAGCAUGGAUCCUGGAGGGUAAGACCGUUUUUUUAAUAUAUAUACACUUUAAAACGCUAUACAGGAUCACAGUGUGGCUUCUUUAUACCUGGAUAGGAUCAAGGGUUAAUAUCUCCUUCAGGGAGAUUAUUUGAACAGCUUGGGAAUUUAUAUCUGCUUAAUGUGAGAGUUUUUUUGGGCUCCUAGACUGUUUUUUGGCUUGGAACCAACAGGUUUUACUUUCGUUUUUGAAGUGUUGUGCAGCUCAUAAUAGCUUAGCGCCCUUUUUCAUAACAGGGGAAGUCCUGUCUUACGUACCAUGUGACCGGGUGCGGUCUCUUUCAUUUCCUAAGAUCCUGCUGCAGACAUCAUUCCUGAGGAGAGCGUGUUCACUGUUAGCUGUCAGGGUCUAGGAGGUGGUCAGUGCCCCAACCAUUGUGAGUAUUAAGGUGCCGUUUUUAAAAUAAAAACGUUUCUUUUUGUUUGUCCUUCUGUGGGUUUAUACAAAGCUAUGGAUGACUCUGAUACUACAUUAGAAGGUUCCGCUCCUUCUGUACUGAUUAAUAAUUCCUGUUUAUAUUGUGAGGAGGCUGUGGUUUGCCCGCCUGCUCAAUUUUGUUCCAUUUGCCUAAACACUGUUCUAAAGUCUAAGAAGGGAGACAAGCCUGCUAAUACUCAUAGCGCUUUUAGCCCCUCUGAGCCGUCUACUUCUCAGGAAUCUGGGUCCUGAGAAAUUACUACCCUUUCUACAGUACCCACACCACAUGCAGUUCCCCGCGGCUCAUCUAAUCCUCAAUCUGGAGGGGGGCUUUUCCCAGCGGACUUUAGCGCGCAGUUACAAUCGGCGGUGUCUGUGGCCCUGAAUGCCUUACCUCGCUCUAACAAACGCAAGAGAAAGGUUAAACGUUCUCCUGACCUAGAGUCAUCUAAAUAUUUGUCAGAUUUAGCUACUAUGUCCCAGCUAUCCCAGGAUGAGUUAACCUCUGUGGCUUCAGAGGGUGAACAUUCUGAGUCGGAGACUUUAAUUUCUAAACCUCCUUCAGCGGAGGAACCCUCCUUUUAGAUUUAACCUCUUAAGGACAUAUGACAGAAUUUUUCUGUCAUAAAACAAUUGAGCAAACUGAAAGCUGUGUCCUUAAAGGGUUAAAAUUGAGCUUCUGCGUUUUUUAUUAAAGGAGGUUCUGUCUACGCUAGAGGUUCCAGAGGCUAGACUCCCUGAGGAACCUAAGAUCCCUAAAUUUGACAGGGUUUAUGAAGAUAGGAAGGUCCCUCUGACUUUUUCUGUGCCAGUUUAGAUGGUGAACAUUAUUAGUAACCAAUGGGAAAGAGUAGGAACCUCUUUUUCCCCCUGGUUUACUUUUAAAAAAUUAUUCCUGGUCCCUAAUUCUCAAUUAGAUUUGUGGGGCUCCAUCCCUAAGGUGGAUGGCGCUAUCUCUACGCUGGCUAAGCAUACUACUAUCCCUUUGGAGGAUAGUUCUUCUUUUAGAGAGCCUAUGGAUAAGAAAAUGGAAACUUUUCUGAGGAAGAUGUUUCCAACAUACUGGGUUUUUAUUUCAACCGCUGUAGCCACGGUUGCUGGAGCAGCUACCUACUGGUGUGACACUCUGUCAGAGCUUAUUGAGGUGGAGACUCCCCUCGAGGAUAUUUAGGAGAGAAUUAAAGCACUGAGAAAUGCUAACUCUUUCAUCUGUGACCCGAAUAUGCAGAUUAUUCGCAUAAAUGCAAAGGCUUCUGGCUUUGCGGUCCUACCCCGCUGGGCUGUCUGGUUGAAGUCUUGGUCUGCGGAUAUGACUUCUAAAUCCAGACUCCUUUCUCUUCCGUUCAAGAGGAAGAUUUUAUUCGGUCAAGGGCUGGACUCCAUUAUUUCUAUGGUUACCAGAGGGAAGGGUGCCUUCCUACCGCAGGACAUGAAAAAUAGGCCUAAGGGAUGGCAAUUGGCUAACUUCUGCAUGUCUUGCCCUCCAGUCCUCCUCGAGACCCUCAGUGGCUCAGUGUAUGGCGGUGAUCGGACUCAUGGUGUCUUGUAUAGACAUCAUUCCUUUUGCCAGAUUCCAUCUCAGACCCUUACAACUAUGCAUGCUGAGACAAUGGAACGGCGACCAUUCAAAUCUGUCUCAACAGAUUAUGCUGGACAACCUGUCGAGAGACUCGCUCUCCUGGUGGCUCUGUCAAGAUCAUCUGCCCCAAGGCACGUGCUUCUUGAGACUGUCCUGGAAUAUUGCGACUACGGACGCAAGCCUUUCUGGCUGGGGAGCCGUUUGUGGUGCCAAGAAGGCACAAGGUCUGUGGACUCAGGAGGAGUUCUUCCUUCCGAUCAAUAUUUUGGAACUCAGGGCAAUCUUCAAUGCCUUGAAGGCUUGGCCCCUUCUGGGUUGGUCCCAGUUUAUCAGAUUCCAAUCAGACAACAUAACCUUGGUUGCUCACAUCAACCAUCAGGAGGGAACGAGAAGUUCCUUGGCGAUGAGAGAAGUAUCUCAGAUAUUAGAGUGGGAGGAGACUCACAGAUGUAUGCAGUCAUCGAUCUACAUUCCGGGUUGGACAACUGGGAAGCGGACUUCCUCAUCAGGCAAUCUUUUCACCCAGGGGAAUGGUCUCUCCACCCGAGGUGUUCGCAGAGAUAUGCAGCGAGUGGGGGACGCCGGAGAUAGAUCUCAUGGCAUCCCGCCUCAGUACCAAGCUAUCCAGUUAUGGGUCGAGGUUGAGGGAUCCUCAGGCGGAACUGAUAGAUGUCCUAUCAGUACCAUGGAGGUUCAGACUUGUAUAUCUUUUUCCUCUAUUCCGCUUCUCCCUCGUGUGGUGGCUCGCAUCAACCAGGAGCGAGCAUCAGUGAUUCUGAUUGCUGCGUCGUGGCCGUGAAGGACGUGGUUUGCAGAUCUGGUGGGGAUGUCCUCAUCUCCUCAGUGGAGGUUACCUUGUUGCAGAGAUCUGCUAUUACAGGGUCCCUUCGUUCAUUAAAAUCUAGAUUCUCUGAGGCUGACUGCGUGGAGAUUGAACGCUUAGUCUUAGCCAAGAGAGGAUUUUCUGAGAGUGUCGCUCGUAAGCCAGUUACUCAUCGUAUCUACCAUAAAGUGUGGAGGACUUGCUUGUACUGGUGUGAAGAGCAUGGCUUUUCCUGACAUAGGGUUAAGGUUGCCAGAAUUUUAGCUUUUCUCCAGGAUGGACUGAAGAAGGGUUUAUCUGCUAGUUCCCUGAAGGGACAGAUAUUGGCCCAGUCGGUGUUACUGCACAAAAGAUUGGCCGAGCUUCCGGAUGUGCAGUCCUUUGUUAAGGAUCUGGCUAGGAUCAGACCUGUGUUUAGAUCUGGGGCUCCGCCUUGGAGUCUCAGUCUUGUUCUUAGUGUUUUGCAGCAGGCUCUGUUUGAGCCUAUGCAUACUGUUGACAUUAAAUUGUGAUCUUGGAAGGUUCUUUUUUUGUUGGCUAUUGCGAUAUUGAGAUUUCUGAUUUACAAUGUGACCCCCCUUAUCUGUUUUUUCAUGCUGAUAAAGUGGUUUUACGCACUAAACUAGGGCUCCUCUCUAAGAUGGUGUCGAAUCGUAACAUUAAUCAAGAAAUUGUUGUUCCUUCCUUGUGUCCUAAUCCUUCUUCAGCAAAGGAAAUUUUGCUUCACAAUCUAGAUGUGGUUUGUGCCUUGAAGUUCUAGCUUCAGACUACUAAGGAAUUCAGACAAUCUUCCUCUUUGUUUGUCAUCUAUGCGGGGAAGCGUAAGGGGCAGAAGGCAACUACGACUUCUCUAUCUUUCUGGUUGAGAAGUGUCAUCCCCUUAGCUUAUGAGACAGCGGGGCGACAGCCUUCUGAGAGGAUAACGGCUCAUUUCACUAGAGCAGUGGCUUCCUCUUGGGCUUUUAAGAACGAAGCCUCAAUGGAUCAGAUUUGUAAGGCGGCUACCUGGUCCUUCUUACAUACUUUUUCUAAAUUUUACAAGUUUGCUUCGGCUGAAGCAGCUUUCAGGAGAAAAGUUUUGCAGGCUGUGGUGCCCUCAGAAUAGGGUCCGCCUCUGGAGCUUGGGUAUAGUUUUCCCAACAGUAAUGAAUUAAUUUGUGGACUCUGCCUUAUGGAAGGAAAACUUAAUUUAUGCUUACCAGAUAAAUUCCUUUCCUUCCUGGCAGGGAGAGUCCACGAUCCCGCCCGUAAUUUAUUUUUUUGAUGGACAGCUCCCUUUUUAUAUUAUUUCUUCUGGCAACUUUUAUACCCUGAUGUUUCUCCUACUUUUCCUUGUUCCCUCGGCAGAAUAACGGGGGGACAGGGAAAGUGGGAGGGAUAUUUAAGCCUUUGGCUGGGGUGUCUUUGCCUCCUCCUGGUGGCCAGGUGUUGUAUUUCCCAACAGUAAGGAAUUAAGUCGUGGACUCUCCCUGCCAGGAAGGAAAGGAAUUUAUCUGGUAAGCAUAAAUUAUGUUUUUUGCUCAUUGAAACCACCACCCAUAAUUAGAAUGUCUAUCUACGGAUUAAACAUUGUGUAUAUAUAGAGAGAGCUAAGAUAAGCGGGUUUGCUCUUACUACAAGCUCAGUCCAUUUGAAUGGCCAUAUUAAAAAAAAAACAACAACAGUUUUUUCAGAUACAAAAAAAUAUAUAAUAUAUAAUAUAAUUAUAUAAUAAUAUAUAUUCUGCUUUCACUUAAUACCCUGUAGCUGGUAAAAUAAAUCAAUGUUAAACACAUUUUACAGUAUACUAUCCCUUUAAACAUAUCCAUCUUUAAUCCAUCUUUAACCCUUUGCCGGCAAUGUCAAGAAAUUUUCUUUCACGAUUUGGAUAAAACAUACUGUACAAUUUUAGACAAUUUUCCAAUUUACUUCUAUUAUCAAAUUUGCUUAAUUCUCUUGUUAUCCUUUGCUGAAUGAACAGCAUUGCACAACUGCCAGCUAGAUGAACUCGCCUAGUUAGCCAAUCACAAGAGACAAAUGUGUGCAGGCACCAAUCAGCAGCUAGCUCACACUAGUGUAGGAUAUGUGCAUAUUAUUUUUCAACAAGAAAAAGAGAACGAAGCAUAUUUGAAAACAGAAGUGAAUUUUAAAGUGUCUUAAAAUGACAUUAUCUACAUGUAUAAUGCAAGGUUCAUUUUUACUUUCAUAUACUUUUAAAUUGUAGCAUAUUGCGUGUCUACAAAACAGAAAAAGAUAAAAUACAGCUCAUUAGCUUGUCCUAUGGGUAGAUGCCCAGCCAAGGUGCCGCCUUUUUAGCACACAUAAGUGUAAUAUAACAAUCUGAUCCCAUACACAAGAACAGUGCAGUUUCCUCAGGAUUGUAGAGCGCAGCUGUGAUUGGAUACUCCAGACACAACCUUCAUUAUAUGAUUUAUGCUUUCUUAUGUGCAGUGUCAAGCUCUCUUUAAAAGCAAAUAAUGUGUAAAUAUGUGGGAGAAAAUCACUCCCCAGUCUAAGCACCAAGUUCAGCUACAGGACUUGUAUAAUUUGUGUUCUGUUACAAAUAAAUCCGUAGCUGGACUGUGAAGUCUCUGAAGUGUUUAUAAAACAGACUAGUAACAUUGAAUUGUGUCCUUAUCCUUUUCUAUCUCCUAGUUUUGUACUUUCUACGUUUCUGUACAGCAGCUGGUUAGAUUAACCGAAGCGAUUCUGUCACCAAAUCUUAUAACACAGUUGUGUAAUGUAUAUCUCCAUAGGCAACUGUAAACAUUACACAAUACUAACAUAUUAAACUGUUUUUUAUUCCAACAACAA